AGAGUGAUUCAAGGAUAGUGGUUUUUGUUUUGUUUUUAUUUUCUUCUUUCUGUGGGGGAAUUGGACUUUUUAUUUGCAGCACCUUGUACUUUGUUUGAAAAAGCAAAGCUGAGACGGGAAUUGAGAGAGUCUGUUAUUUUCCAUUUCUGUGAUAGCUGACCCAUUUACUUUGUUGUCUUUCGCGUUUCUCUCGAGAAAAUUUUGGAGAUUUUCCGGGAAAGUUCGGGAUAGACACUGACAAUAAUUCAAGAAAAACCGUGUUCUUUGUUUCUGUGGGAUAUUAGCUUUUUUUGUUGAUUUUUUUUUUUUAAUCUCUGUGUGCAUGAUCAUCUCUCAAAACCCUUCCUUUACCCAAUCCAUUUACCAAUCAUACAUGCACCAUCGUAAAAUUCACAAACUAUAAGGUAAAUUCUAAAAAAGCAAUAAAAAAAAAAGUUUCUGAAUCCAGGAGAGCUAUCAAAUCUCCAUAGUAAUCCUUCUUUUUGACGGAAAAAAGUCUGGAUAGUUCUCAAAAACCAACCGGAAGGUACCGUCCGAUAUCUAGGUGAUUUCUAAAAAUCGAGUUUCUUUUCUGGAUAGAUUAGAACCACAUGAGUAUCUGAUCUGGUUUGUGAGUCUUCGCCGAAAUCCGGUUUUCUGAUCUUGAAUUCCCGGAGCUAAAUCAUGGCGAAGAAAUCAGGGUCAUUGGAAUACUGGAGGAAUUACUUCAGGACUGCGAAUUCGGACAUUUUCGACAUAAUCGACCAUGCGAUCAUGGUGGCGGCUUCGGACUGCCCCAAGGAGUUCAGGUUGCGGAGGGAUCGAAUCGCCGAGAGGCUCUUCUCGUGCAGACUGACCCGAUGUUUGGGUUGCGACCGGGUCGAGUUGGCGGUGCCUGGUGGUGAAGAAGAAGAGGAAGAUGAUGAUGGUGGAGGUUGUAAGAGCAGUGGGUUUGAUAGAGGUAGGUGUGAGUUUGAGGCAGGGGGUAGCAAGGAGAGCAAGGUGAAUAGCAGUAGAGAUGAUCAGGGAGAGAUGAACAUGAAACGGGUUAGCACUUACAGCUAUGGAGAUGCUGAGGCAUUGACUGAUGAAAUCGAGGAAGAGUCUCAGAUUGUUGAAGAGGUCUUGAGGAUCAAAGAGAUUCUUUAUAACAGUGAAGAAGAGCCUGAUUCAGUAUUGUUUGACUCGUUGAGGAGGCUUCAGUUGAUGGCUCUGACUGUGGAUAUUCUGAAGGCAACUGAGAUUGGAAAGGCUGUCAAUAGCCUUAGGAAGUAUGCAUCAAAGCAGAUUCGUCACCUUGCACGGACUCUUAUCGACGGUUGGAAAGACAUGGUUGAUGAGUGGGUCAGUGCAACGACGACUAUUGCGGGUGCAGAAGGUACCUCAGAUUCUGUAAAUCCGUCUGUAGUUGAUGAAGAAGAGGGGCUUCCAUCUCCUCCACUGGAUGAAGGAGUUUUCUUUGCUACUCAGCCCACAUCAAUGGAGCUCUCUCAGUUCUUUGAUGGCAUGGAUGAUGAUGGAAAUCCUCGAGACAGUGGGGAAUUCAGCAAGAACCGUGAUAAUGGAAGAAAACCAGCACAAGAGUUUCAAAAUAGUACAAAGCAGAAACUGCAGAUGCCCAAUGUGGGGAAUGUGCUGGCAAAGGACAACAAGAGUCAUCAAGCGAAGAAACAGGAAGUCUUCCUGAAGCCAAGUAAGCCAUCAAACACUGAUUAUGGGCCUGGAAGACCUCUCAAACCAAGUGCAGAACAAAUGGUCAAUAAUGAGACAAAAUACAAGCAAAAAUCUGAUAAGGUUGCUAUACAGAAGAGGCCAGCGGGUGAUCAGCAAGAUAAAUUCAAGCGUUCAGAUGAGGUUGCAGUCCAAGUGAAACUUGAAGCUACCAAGAGAAAACUUCAAGAGCGUUACCAACAAGCUGAGAAUGCUAAGAGGCAGCGGACGAUACAGGUUAUGGAGUUGCAAGAUCUCCCGAAGCAGGGGCUUGGCCAUAGAAAUCCACAUGUAAAACCCGGGAACCAUAAUCGGCAUUGGGCACAUGGACGGCGCUAGGUUGUUUUAUCGUAAGUGAAACUCAGCUGUUCAAGUUCUUCCAUGAUGAAGUUGGUGGAAGAACAGAAACAACUCCCUCUACUCUGGUUUGACAUAUCUGAGCAUCGACAAUAACAAAUUCUUUCCCCAUUUCUGCUGGAGAAGACAAUUCUGAUUGAGAGGGAAACCAACAUUUGUUUACUUUUUUGCUAAAUUGAAUACAUUAAGGUAUAGGGACUUUUCUGUCCAACGAGGAGGGUCAUAGCUUAUGAAGUCUGAACUGAGUCCUGAGAUAAAUGUUUGUAGACAACCUUUAUCUGCAUCUGCUUAUUUGAUUGACAUACCUGUCAAAAAAAUUUUCCUCCAAUCAAGACUUUAGCACCAUGGGAUCAUAGUAGUUAGUUUGCACAGAAUAAGUGCAUUUUCGCAAACUCUUUCCCGUAUGUAAACUUGUGGGAAUUGAUUAGGGUGUAUGUUCAUGCAGAUUGCACUAACUUUUAUAAUAAAUGCACAUUUGGUAAAUUCCCUUUUCA